CUGGGACGAGUAUGCCUUUGUCGUCCCAAGAUGGCGGUCGUGAAAGGCCUUGUUGUCUGUAUCUUGGGUUUGCUCUCAGUUUGUGAUGGCAAGCCAGUAAACACAAGUAGAACGCUUUCCCCUGAAACUGCAAAUGAAUCUAUCAAAACGAAGAAACAGCUACUCGAAGAUCACAUCAAAGGUUUGAAACUUGAACGAGACGGCCAUGUCAACAAAGACUACCACCACGAAGCUUUCCUCGGAAAGAUGGUGGAAGAUGGGACCCUGCUAUUCGACAACAUGGACGGUUACAGGCGGUUGAUUGAUCUUUUUCAUCAGGUGGAUAAAGAUGGAGACCAUUUAGUGAGCAGGGCUGAAAUCACCGUGUGGAUUCAUGAAAAAAUCAAAGAACACAUCAAAGAGGCUCGUGAGAACAAUAAGCGAAUGUUUAAAGAGGUCGAUCGAGAUGGCGACGGUUUUGUUACAUGGGAGGAAUUUCGACAGAAGCUAAAAGAAGACAAUGAAACUAAUAAGCUCGAGGUCCACAGAGAAUUAGAUGACAUCGCCAAUCCAGAGGAAUUAAUUUCAGAAUAUUACAGUAAAUUUAGAAGAGGAGACAUGAAUCUCGAUGAUAAACUUGAGGAGACAGAGUUCCUGUACUUUGAACACCCUGAGCACAAUCCACAGAGCAUCAAGGAUUUGGUGGAAGACAUGAUUUCAAAUUUUGACAAAAACCAGGAUAAGGUACUCACAAAGGAAGAGUUUGUUCACUUACCUCCAGGGGAAGUGGAUACACAGGAAGAUGCAGAGCAGGACAAUGAAUACAUUCAAGAACGUGAAAAAGAAUUCACAUCCAUGGAUGAAAACGGAGACGGUAUAGUGACGGUUGACGAAUUAACCAAGUACUUGGACCCAACCCACGAGCAGCGAGCGAUUAACGAAGGCAACUAUCUGAUAUCAAUGGCGGACAGAAAUCGUGACGACCACUUGUCAGAAAAAGAAAUGCUUAUGAACUACCAGCUUUUUACUGGGAGCACCAUGGCUAACUAUGUUGGAUAUCUACACGAUGAAUUUUAGAAGUAUUGCUAAGCUUUGUUCGCUAGUUGUUUCAGGGAACGAUUCUGUAAUACCUGGCAAUCAACUGGCUGAUUUUGUAGGCCGGACAAAAGGAGUGUAUUUUGUAUUUUGUAGCCUUGCCAUCUUAGCUUGUAAAGGAACAAAUGGGUAUAAGGGUAUACGUUAAAUGAAAGAGCAAGUGUAUCGUCCACAGAGUAAAUCUCGCUUCCGGUAGUAGUUCAGUUUGGUGCGUGGCUAACGCGCGUGACGUACACGUUUCGGACUCCCAAUCCAACCUGAAGGGAUAGCGUGGUUCCUAGCAGUCAGCUGUUUAAAGCAAAUUUAAAGAGAAUGUAAUUAUCCAACUUAAGGGUUUAAACUUGAGAGACGAGCAACGAUUUAAAGACUUUCGUACUGCGUUCAAGAAAAGUUUUCAUAUUUGAAUUUAAAGUAAGUCAACAAUAACUUAGCUGGCUUAAUUUGGCUCCAACUUUGUGACGAGUCACUGCUGAGUUAUCUGCAGUUGUUUCAAAGCGAGCCAGUGUUGUUGUAGAACCUUUGACAAGUUAAGAUACCGUAAACUGCAGCUUAAAAGCCCUGGGCUUAUGAAACUUUGUGAGGGAUUUUGAAAGGGCUAAUAAACGAAGGGGCUUAACGGGAUCCUAGUCAGCCACACCUUUGUUUUUGUUUGGGAGAGUUUGGCUAUUAAAUUUUAUUCGGAGCAUCUCGAAACGAAG